AUGCCACCAACCAUCCUCCCCAAAGCCCUCCGACAAGGCGACACCAUCGCCUUGAUCUCCCCAUCCGCCCGUCUCAACGAUCUCCUCCCCCGGUCCCUCGCGCGUGGCAAAGCCUUUCUCGAAUCCCUAGGCUUCCCCAUCAAGAUCAUCUACACCAGCCUGCCACCCAGCACCACCAUCACCGAAUCCAUCCAUGUCCGCAGCGAAGAACUCCACUCCGCCUUCAGCGACCCCUCCAUCGCAGCCAUCAUCUGUACCAUCGGCGGCGCCCACGCCAACGAACUACUCCCCUUUCUCAACUACGACCUCAUCCGCUCCCACCCCAAGAUCUUCCUCGGCUACAGCGACACCACCUUCCUCCACUACGCCAUCGAGUCCCGCACCGGUCUUCGCACCUUCUACGGCCCUAGCAUCUUGACGGACUUCUCCGACCACCCGUCCCCGAUCCCAUUCACCGUGGAUCAUUUCCUCCAUGUCCUCUCCGCAACGAGCGGGCCAGUAGGCCCACUCCCUCGAUCGAGCAUCGGCACCGCCGAGCACAGCGAGUUUCUCUACGGUAAUGACGAAUCCACCACCCCACGGACACUCAUCCAGGCCCCGUCAUGGCGCUGGCUCCGACCCGGCUGCGCCACGGGGCGUCUCUACGGGGGCACGGUCUCCUGCGUCGUACGACUCCAGGGCACACCCUACGCGCCUCCAUCAUGGGAGGACAAGAUCCUAUUCCUAGAGUCCGCGAUGGGGGAUAGUCUAACGCAUCCGUAUUCCGUGGGCCAGUUUCGCAGUUCGUUGGUCGAUUUGGCGUUGUCGGGGGCGCUGGGACAGAUUCGGGGACUGGUGGUUGGAAGGGGGUAUAAGUAUGAUGAGAAGAUGCAGGAUGAGCUGGCGGGGGUGAUUGUGGAGGUUUUGGAUACGAUUGUGGGGAGGGGUCAGAAGGUGGAGAUUCCUAUCCUCAUGAAUGUGGAUUUUGGUCAUACGAGUCCGUUUUUGACGUUGCCAGUUGGUGCGCGGGUGAGGGUGGAUGCGGAGCGGGAUGAGGUGGUGGUGCUGGAGGCGGGGGUGGAGAUGUGA